AUGAGUUACGACCAGAGGUUGGGCGCCGGAGUAUACGGUGCGACUGACGCGAGCAACGAUGGAGAUGCGAGAAAAGGCUCGGUACGGGCGGCUCGUGAGCGGAUGCAGGCUGCGCAAAAGAGGACCCAGCUCCCAGACACAUCAAAGAUAAUCGGUCUUCCUCGACGACCGAAUCAACUCAUUCCGCAACGCUCUCAAGAACAAGUCGAACAGUCACAAAGACUGACACCCUCGGGAAGCAGAGGCGACAUUGAAUCAAAUUCGCCGUCACCACAAUGGCCACUGCCGAACAUCACCACGGACCUGGUAGACUCUACUCCCGAUCUUCCUCCUCGCUCCCCCAAAAGACUACAACCACCUACACAGUUCGCACGGCCUGUAUCCGACGAAUUUCCUAUCCAACAACUGUCUCCUGAGCUUCCUUCACCAAUCUCCCCAGGAUAUCUACACCCGAAUGGCGACGCCUUCUCUCCUGGCUCUUUUCGAUCUUCACGCCCAAUUACUACCUCUUCCAUAGCCUCGGACUCAUCAAUAGGAUCUAUACCCGACUUCCCUGUGCCUCAACCACCUAUGCCAAGCAUCCAACAAGCUCGACGCUUUCCAAGUCUAGGCCCCCCGCCCUCUUCACGAAAAGGCCCUUCGUCGUACUACACGCAGAUGUCGUAUGUAUCACCCAUUGUCGAGGAGUCGGAGAACAACUCUUCAAGGUUACAGUCACAACGUGGAUCUUUUGCUUCUAGCAAUGUGUUCCCAACCGACGAUAAGGCCUUCUACGCAGAUGACGACUUGUACUCGGAUGACGGUGAGACUAUUACUAGCGAUCGCGAUACCAUCUCACCAACCCCGACCGAUCACGACGACCGAAGUGGCCUCGUUCAGCAAUCACCAGCCCUUGUGCGACAAGCGAGUUUGGGUAGGCGGACCAAACCAUCGCUGAUGACCAUCAGGUCAAUUGACAGCUUUGGAAACAAGAAGAGUGGAGCGGAGACAAAGAAACCAGAUGGCGUUGGCAUUGGUUUAGGGGCCAUGGGCCUAGGGGCUGCAACUCUUGCAAGAGAUGGCAGUCCGUCAGGCAUGGCAAGGUCACCUCUCAGCAGGGGAGUUUCUGCGGACUCUCUAGAUACAGUGGAGAACUUCAGAGGCAAGGGAUACACAGGAACAGCAUCACCACUCCAACAAGAAUUGCGUCCUACCGGACUAGCUGAACGUGCCGGUAUGCGACGGCCUGCAAGGCUCGACAUGGACGCGGUUCGAGACGCUGAGGCGCGCGGUAGCUUGACGAGUCUGCCAGAUCUCAUUCGAAGAGCCACACGACUAGCAGCAAAUCUUGACCGCGGACGCACAGCAAGUCGACUUGGUUUAGACUUUUGGGAAACCGGUGCUCCCGAAAAGAAUCAAGUCCGACAGUCUGGAUUGUCUGAGAUGCUUGCCGCAUUUCCACCACCCGGUCAAGAAACGCCCAAUCGCUCUGGCCGUGGUACUCCAAACUUUGGGAACGGCAGCUUAUCAAAAUGGCCAUCCGGCGCUAAUUCGCGCAACGGUGUCACAGACUCCGGACUGAGUAACGAGAAACAAAAGCCGCGUCGAAGAUGCUGUGGUAUGCCUUUGUGGACGUUCAUCACGCUCCUCAUAGUCUUGCUGGUCAUCAUCGCUGCUGCGGUGGUCAUUCCCGUGGUCCUAGUUGUCAUACCAAACCAGAAUAAAGGGGUCAAUACUCCUGCUGCUCAGGAGACCCAAGGCGGCAAUAAUGCGGGUAACAACAAUAUGAGCAACACUAACGUGCCUGCUCAACCACUCCCCACGUCUGGUCCAGGUGAAGGCAAUGGUCAAUGCGACGGUAUCAUCACUUGCCAAAAUGGUGGUAUCGCAAUCCUGAACUCGGAUCGAUCAUGCAACUGUGUAUGCAUCAACGGCUUCACUGGAAGUACAUGUACCAACGACGAUGCCACCGGGUGCACUACGACCAACGUUGCCGGCACUGCUAAUAACGCAACAAUGGGCUCCGGCAUUCCCCGCCUGCUCGAGACCACGGCUCCCAAGUUCAACGUUCCUUUGGACGCCACCCGUGUGUUGUCGUUGUUCUCUCAGUUGUCCCUCAGUUGCGCAGCCGAGAAUGCUCUCAUCACAUUCAAUGGUCUCGCCUCUCGUUCUGUUCCCCACCGUCUCCACUCCAUGGAUUUGAGAGCCACACUCCACCCGUCACGUACACUUCCAGUACUUCACCAUCCCCAUCCCGCGCAGGUCCCUGGUCAACAAGCCAAGCGCCAGACAGUGGGUCAGGUCAACGAAGCUGAGGCUUCGGGUGAUCAGGGCACGUCCAAAGCUGAAACCAUUAUAACACAACCCAUCUCAAGCAACAUUAGUGCUCUCGACUUUGCUCGUGUAGCUGUACUCCUUGCGCUUCAGGAAAGCAGAGACUUGGACGUUGCCGCGAGUGCACAGGAGUCGAUCCAGACCCUGCUCACAAGCGAUCGCAACGGAAAUGCAGACGGUGGUAGCGUUGAUGUUGGUCCCUUUGAUUUGGACCUCGUCAAUUUCACGAUCAAGUUCCAGAACGGCACAACGAUACGUGCGCCACCGUCAUCCUCAUCCUAG